AUGUCUGUAAACCCGUUUAUUCGUUUUAAACACACCGGAUGUUCCCUAAUUUAAUCCGUGCUUUCAGAUUAGCCAGCUAAGCUAACUAGCGUGCUAUAACCACAACUCGUUAGUCUUUAGCCGUAAUCCGGUUUAACGCGAUGAAAUGUUUUAUCACACGCCGUUUUGUUUGUUUUCUUUUUGUUUUGACGAUUUAUCUUCAUUUUGGGGAAACUGGUUGUUGAGUCGUCGCGGUUUGUAAGCUGUAAACGUCAUUAAGUUUAAUGGCGGUAGCUUGUAGUGCGCUGGAUGUAGCUGUGCUUUGGGCUUUAGCAGCAUGGUGGGCCUUGUGGUUUUAUCCAGCUAACAAUGUCAAUAUUCUCCGUUAGCUAGCAUUAGGCUCACUGGUGGCUUCUGAGCUGAGAAGUUAGCCAGGUUUACAGCGACUAACAGCGUGUUAUACCGACACAUAAAACGACUUAAAUGUUAUUUUUGAUGCCGUGUUGCUUAUGUAAGAUGGGGGACGCCUUUCCCGGGCUUUUUGCGAGGUGGCUCAGCAAUUGUUAGCCAUUUUAAUACAAAUCCGCUAUAAGCGUUUGUGACUUUGAGUUUAUCUGAUUGUAAACGGUUUGUUGGUGUUUAAAGUCGUAUUUAACACACUGUUAAGACGGAUGUAUGCUUUUUUUCCAUGGCGGUAGCUGCGCUCUAGCUCGAGUUGCGUAGCUACAUGGCUGUGAGGGCGGAAGCUAGCGGCGGCCAUUUUAGAGCUAGUUAGCUGUUCCAGUCUGAGCUGCACAAGAUGCCCACCGCGAAAGGCGUUGUAAUUCUCUGAAGAGGCUGAACUAGUGAAUAACCGCUCCGACACUUAGACACGGGGGACGACAAACAAGAUUAACACCUCGGCACUUCAGGUGUUAGGGCUGGUGGUCAAAAAAAGGCUACAUCCCUCCUGGAUUGUGCUGACCAAAAAGGUCCCAAGCUUUUUUGAUUCUGAGAAAGCGGUGCUCCUAGAGCAGCGCUAAGUUUCACUUGAACGGGAAGACGGAAGUCGUCAGGCUGGAGUGUGUCCUGAUGGCUGAGUCAGAGACUGAGUGUGACACACCAGGCCUUGACACGCUGGGGUCUGAGUGUGUCAUAACUCACACGCAAGUCGGUGACUUGCAUUAUGCAGCGGAGACUGAGAUUAUGACCCAAGAGGAUAAGAGGCUUGACUUGGAAGCAAUUCAUGGUGAUCUUGGGGCUGUGGCUUGUGUUGACGCUGUAACGGAGACAGACCACGACUACAUUAAGUCUGAGGUACAUCAUGAUCCACAGUAUUUCGGAGGUGCAGACAUGAAAGGCAACGAGGCUCUGCUUGGUGAGGUGCUGCUGAAGGCAGAGAUGGGUGGAGCUGGUGCAGAGCAUGUAGUAAAGGAUGAGUCAGAUCAUGGAGGAGAGCUGACUGUGGAGUCAGAGAAUGGUGUCAUCAUUCACGAAGCCCAGGGUCUUCAAUGCAACGAGUGCGGGGAGAUAUUUGGAAGUAUGACAGAUCUGCAUCAACACUUUGAAAUGCAUAAAGCAACUCAUCCCUACAUUUGUAUCCAGUGUGGUGAGAGCUUUGCUGUUGAAGCUAGCCUGAGAGGGCAUAUGAAAAUACACAUGAAGGAGAAGGGUUAUACCGCUACUGGUGUGGAGAUGGUUGGAAAAGGGGUCAUCGAUGCGUUUAACCUCAAACCACAUCAGAUGAUGCACUCCCCUGAAAAGCCACACAGGUGUUCUGAAUGUGGGAAAAGCUUUGCUGCAGCCAUCACACUCCGAGAGCAUAUGAAAAUGCAUUCUGAUGACAAACCCUACAAAUGUACUCAGUGCAGGAAGAGCUUUGUCCGAAGGCGCCACCUAAAGAAACAUCAGGAGCUGCAUGCUCGUGAGAAGCCAUUUACCUGCCCUCAGUGUGAGAAAGGCUUUGCUACUGCUUCUAAUUUGAAACAGCAUCAGAAGACCCAUGCUGGUGACAAGCCACAUCGAUGCGCCCAGUGUGGCAAGUGUUUUGCUGCAGCAGCUACUUUAAGAGAACACCAGCGAAUCCACUCUGGUGAGAAGCCCUACAAGUGUAACCAGUGCAGGAAGAGCUUUGUAAGAAAGCGCCACUUAAAGAAGCACCAGCUGGUGCACCAGGGUGGCAAGCCCUACCGAUGCUCUCAAUGCGACAAAGGUUUCAAUCACUCCUCAUCCCUCUCUCGACACCACAAAGUCCAUCUGGAGGCCAAAAUGUAUGCCGAGCCUGAUAAGGAGUUCCCCUUUGACACUCCUAUGAAGAGGGGGAUGCACACAGGUGAAAAGCCAUACAGCUGCAACCACUGUGAGAAGAGCUUCAAUCAUUCUUCAUCACUGUCCAGACACCAGAGAACUCAUUCUGAUGGAAAAUCCUACACUUGUGCCCACUGUGGCAAGAGGUUUAAUCAUUCCUCUUCUCUUGCAAGACACCAACGUGUUCACUUGGAUGAGAAGACCUCUUAUAGUGCUAUUCCCACAGGAAAAGGAUUCCCUCCAACUACCAUCUUGAAACAGAGGAUUCUGCAGAGUGAGAAACCAUACAGGUGUUCUCAGUGUGGAAAAGGUUUCAAUCACUCCUCCUCCCUCUCAAGGCACCACAGAAUUCACAUUGAUCAGUAAGCACACCAAUGGUGGCUGUGGUAUUUUACAGUUUGUCCCAACUUUGCUUCAGGCCAACCUCCAAAUUAUUUUUUUUCUUCAUAGAACUAGGAUGCUAAAUGAAAAUCUAAAGUUUAUUCUGGUUCUAUAAACAGUUAAAAUAAUUUUCCCGGUUAAGUCCUUUAACUUUAUAACGGCGAUGAUUUCAAUAACUGGCUGAUCCUGUGCAAUGUGCAGAUAGCUUGCUGCCUUUAAUUUGACAUCUGUAUGAUAAUGUAGCAAUUUCAUGCUUAAUGACCGAGCUAGUUAUGCUCUUCCUCAGACCCAUGGAAUGAAAAGGAUGGAAAACAUCGGCGCCUGUUGAGUUUUAGACACAAUUGGUGUCCAAGUAACAUUUUUGGGAGUCUGUAGAGAAUACCCCCACCCACAAAGUCUGUGUAUCUUUACCCAUCGUCUUAUUCAUGGCCUGUUCAGAUAUUAUCAUUUGUAAAUAAGUGUUGAUUUUUAUAUACAUAUGUAUAGGUGUGUGUGCAGUUCUUUUACAUUACACAGAAUUUUUGUAUGACCCAGUCUGUCUUUAGCCAUCAUUAUUUUGAAGAUAGGAUGGUGCUUGAAAGUUUCACUGGCUCCAGGCAAGCUGUUAGCAAAGGUACAAGUCUUCAUAAAAUAAGUUUCAAAGUUACGUAAACUUAAUUCACCGUUGCUUCCAGCAGCGAUUCAAAACAGCUGUGCAGGGGUCAAAGGAACUGUACAGGAGAGUUAAAGUAAGCUUGCUUUCAUUGAUGAGCUUGUGGUCAGACAGCAUCAUUCUAAAAUGAGCUGCAAGUUUCUCAAGCUUCUUAGGACUAGCAAAUUCAGCUGUUCCUUUUGAAUUGUACCUAGAUUGACCGAUUAUAAAUCAUUGUAUACUUACAAUUCAGUGUAAUUUGAUCUAAAUAUUCCCUCUAAAGCAUUGCUUAACUAGUUCCCUUUGGUACUCUACAACUUGUUACUAAUGGGUAAAUAUUUGCAAACCUAAUGUCAUUGCUGUAGAACUAGUUCACACAUUCAUAUUUAAUCUGUAGUUAACUUAUAUUCUGGAUACUUGCAGCAAAUUAUCAAAAUUUAGUAUAAUAGAUUGUGUAAUUAUCAGUACAAUAAAAUGGCUUGUUCUUGGUUCUUUCAAAAUUCCAUAAAGAUACACUUUCUACUUAAAGUGCUGUGUAUGGGGGAAGAUCUUUUACAUACUGAUGUAUUUUUUUAAAUAUGGUUUGGGUAAUCUGAAAGGGAAAAGAGGAAUACUGUUUUUAUUGGGUGAACAUUAUAUUGAACAUUUUUCCUUUCUGAAUAAUUGUGCUUCAACUCAUAGCAUAGGCUUUUUCAUUGUUAGAUAGGUGCCUUAUUGCAUGCUGUGUAGAAAUGUAUGUUGAGCUGUAAUAGAAGAAAAAGGUUUGGCUCUUCUCCCUAUGUUUGCAUACUAACCAACAUAUUUUACUUUCGACCUUAGGUAAAUUGUUUUCUGUAUAUGAAUAUAUGUUUAUGCUGUUACUGCUGUCUUUUAAUUUCCUUGUCCAUCAGCUGGCCUCAUUGUAGAAAAACUAAAGGUUUAAAAAAAAAAAAAAGUUGCAACACCUUUUGAUCCAUAUUUUCAUUGCCCUCAUAAGUGGUCAGAUCUUGUUCCAUGUCUUUACCCCAUCUCUGAGUGGCAUACAUGGAUAAAUAAAGGUUCUUGACUACC